UUCCUUUGUCUCUCUGUUUCUGAAAACUCGGACGCUGUUAGCGGUUCAAAACUUCAUUUUUAAGCAGCAGAACGGAAACAGGGAAGAAGCCGAAGGAGACGAAGAUAGCCAGCCAUUGCCGUUCGCCGAUCGAGCUCGGGUUCCGUACUCCAAUCCCCUUUCCCGCAGCUGAGGAGGAUUUAGCUCUCCUGUUCCAUUGCGAGGACCCGCUCCGCCCGAUCUCGGGAGAUUCCACUUUCGCCCUCCGGAUCUCUCGUUCUCCCGCCCCGAUGCCUCCUCAGCGGUCCAUCCACUUUGUUGAGGGGUGAAAUUUCUUUGGAAAAUUCCCACCAUGAGCUUCCAUAGAGACGAAAGGUCAGGCACAAAUGGGGGAUUUCCCACCUCAAAUGGAACCCAUGAGGGAGGCGUCGACCGUACAGAUAGUUUUGACAACAAUUUAGAAGAGUCCUUAGCAGGUUCAGGACCUGAUUCUGGAAAGAAGUUUCAUGAAGUUUUCCAAUUAAAGCAUGGACUAUAUGCUGAUCAAGCGGGUGCAAAUAUCAUUGAAUUGGUCAAAUCGAGUGGUUUAGAUAAUGCUCCGACUCAUUCACUUUUUGGUGUAGUAAACCGGAUUUUGGAUGAGAGCAUGGAUAGAAAGAAUGGCGACAUUUCCAAUCAUAUUGCCUUCAUAUUGAGGGAAGUCCUCCAAAUAAUUGAGCAGCGGAUGUCCGUUCAAGUGGAGAACUUCAGAAAUCAAAGCAAUCUUUACAGAGCUCGGGAAGAGAAGUUCAAUUCAAGAAUCAAAGUGCUUGAAACACUUGCAAAGGGGACUAGUGAAGAGAAUGAGAUUUCCGUGAGGAACCUGCAGCAAAUAAAGAGUGAGAAGAUAAGAAUUGAAGAAAAGAGGAAACUUGGGGAAUUAAAUAUUCUCAAAAUGCGGAAAGAGAAGGAUGAUGCAUAUGCUGAAGUUUCAAGUUUUAAGCAGGAAUUUGAGAUGACUAAAUCAAUAUAUGAAAAACAUUGCAUGCAAAUAGAAGAGGAGACUAGGGAAGCCAAACUUCAGUUAGAAAAGGAGUUGAAGGAACUUGAAUGUGAACUGGAUGGUUCUCGAAAAAAGGUUGCUCAACUUGAGGAGUUUUCUGAAUCUAAAUAUCGGAGAUGGAAAAAGAAGGAAAUCAAAUACCAGCGCUUUGUUGACUUUCAGUUUGGAGCUCUACAGGACCUAAGGGCAGCUUCUGUUUUGAUGAAAAAUGAAGUUUUGAAAACAAGGAGGAGGCAUGCUGAGGAACUGAACUAUCUGGGAGGGAAGCUGAAGGGACUUGUAGAUGCUGCUCAAAAUUACCAUGCAGUUCUUGCAGAGAACAGGAGAUUGUACAAUGAGGUUCAGGAUUUGAAAGGAAAUAUUAGAGUAUACUGCAGAAUUAGGCCAUUCCUCCCAGGUCAGAGUAUGAAGCAGACUACGAUAGAGUAUAUUGGUGAAAACGGGGAGCUGGUGGUUGCAAAUCCCACAAAAAAUGGAAAAGAGAACCACAGGCUCUUUAAGUUUAAUAAGGUUUUUGGCCCAGCUGCCACUCAAGAGGACGUCUUUCUGGACACUCAACCAUUAAUUCGCUCAGUGUUGGAUGGAUAUAAUGUGUGCAUCUUUGCCUAUGGUCAAACUGGUUCGGGGAAGACAUAUACGAUGAGUGGACCUAGUGUGAUGUCACAAGAGGACUGGGGUGUCAAUUAUCGAGCACUGAAUGACCUAUUCCAAAUUGCUCAAAGCAGGGGUGGUUCUAUUAUCUAUGAAGUUGCCGUCCAAAUGGUUGAAAUUUACAAUGAGCAAGUUCGCGAUUUGCUCUCAACCGAUGGCCCCCAAAAAAGACUUGGGAUUUGGAGUACAGCUCAACCGAAUGGGUUAGCUGUUCCUGAAGCAAGCAUGCACAGUGUGAAGACAACUGCAGAUGUCUUAGAACUGAUGCAUAUUGGCUUGACUAAUCGAGCUGUAGGUGCCACUGCAUUAAAUGAAAGAAGCAGCAGAUCCCAUAGUGUUUUAACUGUUCAUGUCCGAGGCACUGAUUUGGAGACCAAUGCUGUGUUACGCGGUAAUCUUCAUUUGAUUGAUCUUGCUGGAAGUGAACGGGUGGAUCGUUCGGAAGCAACUGGAGACAGGCUUCGAGAGGCACAGCAUAUAAAUAAAUCACUUUCAGCUCUUGGAGAUGUUAUCUUUGCUCUAGCUCAAAAGAAUUCACACGUACCAUAUAGAAACAGCAAACUGACCCAAGUUCUUCAAAGUUCUUUAGGCGGUCAAGCAAAGACUCUCAUGUUUGUGCAGCUUAAUCCUGAUGUUGAUUCUUAUUCAGAAACGAUAAGUACCUUGAAAUUUGCUGAGAGGGUGUCUGGUGUUGAAUUGGGUGCUGCUCGGAGCAACAAAGAGGGAAGAGAAGUUAGAGAACUCAUGGAACAGGUUGCAUCCCUCAAGGACACAAUUGCUAAGAAAGAUGGGGAGAUUGAGCGUCUGCUGUCUGUCAAGCCUAGUGCAAAUGGUGACAGACGUGCAAAUGGUGACAGGCGUCUAACGAGUUCCCUUAGAUAUGGGUCUUCAUCCCCUAGGAGACAUUCAAUUGGGACACCUCAACAACCCCAAAGAAUUGCAGGUAGCAGAAUCUCGGGAAUGAGUGACAAGGCAGCUUCUGAUGGAGACAACUGUUCAGAAUACAGUGACAAACAUUCGGAAGCUGGAUCACAGCAAUCAGUUGAUGAACCGAAGCAUCAAAGGGAGUUGUUUUAUCUUCCAUCUAAGCUUUCUUCCAAGGAUAUCGGCCCAAGUGUAGAUGAUGAUGUGGAGCUUCUGGGCUUGGGCGAUGGAGAUUCUGAGGAGAGACUGAGUGAUAUAUCUGAUGGUGGGCUUUCAAUGGGCACGGAAACUGAUGGAUCUGUCUCCAGCAUUGUGGAAUACACUCUAUUUCCUGAAACUACAAAACCACCCGAGAAAUCUGAGAACUCAGAGAAAUCGAUUCCUCCAUCGAAACUUCCGAAGCCGCCCCAACAGAAGCUGCUGCUACAGCAGACAAAAACAUCCCGACUGACUAGAAGCGCUCCCAAGAUCUCAUCAAGUGCUAGGAAAACUGUAGCAGGCAGCUCCUCUUCGGUCAAGCCCACCAAACGGUGGCAGUAAAUAAUGCAGCGGUUAGAUGACUUUAAAAAAACCUUUUAGGGUAUUUAGACGUUAACCCCAAUUCUGUGAUGCUCCUUCCUCUAUCCUUUGUAUUGGAAGAGGAAAGUGGAAGCAUUUCUCGUCUGUAAUGUAAUUUGUGUAGCGUCAUCGGGUAUUACUUGCUGGGUUCUAACCUAGGCAAUUUGCAGUACUCUGUGCGCUGAUUUGGUGUAUUAUUGAGCACGAGAAGCUCGUCGAUACUCUUGGCAGUUCACGGAUUUGUAAUGAAUUAGAGAAGCUACCCUUUCAUAUUUGCUGGGCCUGAUCCGAACCCGAAAAGACAACGGAUCAAUGAAGUUAAGUGAAUUUGGCAAA